CAUAGAGGAGAGGAGAGUAGGAGAGGAGACGCCGAGGCGAGGCGAGGAGAGGAGAGGAGACGCCGAGGAGAGGAGCCUGCUGGACGGCAGUGGAUCACUGAUCUGUGUGAAGGACCAGAGGAGACUCGCUCCGUCCACAGCUGGAGAAUGCUGCACCAAGUCGGACAAUGAGAGCCGCUCCGUCGUCACAUCCCCGCUCUUCUCUCGGCUCCAGUCCCGCCGCGGCUCGCUGAAGAGAGUCUCUGAGAAGAGGCUCUAAGGAGAGGCGCUGAAGUGUCUGUGGAUUUUAAAAAAGUGGAUACCGCGACUUUGCAAUCAUGCGAAACAUUUGGGUUUGUCCGCGGAGUUGGAUGUUGGAAUACUGGACGGCCGUGUUGGCGUGUGCGUUUUGGGUUCGAGUCUCCCACGGGAUGCCUCACGUUAUCAGAAUAGGGGGGAUCUUCGAGCAGACGGAGGGCCCCGUGCCCCUGGUCAGCGCCGAGGAGCUGGCCUUCAAGUUUGCGGUGAACAACAUCAACAGGAACCGGACGCUGCUGCCCAACACCACGCUGACCUACGACAUCCAGAGGAUCAACAUCUACGACAGCUUCGAGGCCUCCAGGAAGGCCUGUGACCAGCUGUCUCUGGGCGUGGUGGCCAUCUUCGGGCCGUCCCACAGCUCCUCGUCCAACGCCGUCCAGUCCAUCUGCAACGCCCUGGAGGUCCCUCACGUGCAGGUGCGCUGGAAGCACCACCCCAUGGACAACAGAGACACCUUCUACACCAACCUGUACCCCGACUACUCCUCCCUCAGCUAUGCCAUCCUGGACCUGGUGCAGCACCUCAAGUGGAAGACGGCCACGGUGGUUUAUGAUGACAGUACAGGUCUGAUCCGGCUCCAGGAGCUCAUCAUGGCCCCCUCCCGGUACAACAUCCGGCUGAAGAUCCGCCAGCUGCCUCUGGACUCCCAGGACACCCGGCCGCUCCUGAAGGAGAUGAAGAGAGGCCGCGAGUUCCGCAUCAUCUUCGACUGCAGCCACCAGAUGGCCGCGCAGAUCCUCAAACAGGCCCAGACCAUGGGGAUGAUGACCGAGUACUACCACUACCUCUUCACUACCCUGGACCUGAUGGCCAUCGACCUUGACCCCUACCGCUUCUGUGGGGUCAACCUGACAGGCUUCAGGAUCCUCAACGUGGACAACCCCCAAGUGGCCUCCAUCGUGGAGAAGUGGUCCAACGAGAGACAGAUCCCCCACAAGGCCGACUCCGGGCUGCUGGAGGGAGUCAUGACGACAGACGCGGCGCUGACCUACGACGCGGUGCACAUCGUGUCCGUGUCCUACCAGCAUGCGCCCCAGAUGACCGUCAACUCGCUGCAGUGCCACCGGCACAAACCCUGGAGGUUCGGGGGCCGCUUCAUGAGCUUCAUCAAGGAGUCCCACUGGGACGGCCUGACGGGCCGACUGUCCUUCAACAAGACCACUGGCCUGAGGACUGACUUCGACCUCGACAUCAUCAGCCUGAAGGAGGAUGGGCUCGAGAAGGUGGGCAAGUGGAGCGCGUCCGGAGGUCUGAACAUCACCGAGCUGCCGAAGCGUAAAGGGAUGAACAUCACCGACUCCCUGGCCAACCGCUCCCUCGUCAUCUCCACCAUCCUGGAGGAGCCGUACGUCAUGCUUAAAAAGUCUGACAAGGCGCUGGUGGGGAACGACCGCUUCGAAGGCUUCUGCAUCGACCUGCUGAAGGAGCUGGCCAACAUCCUGGGCUUCUCCUACGAGAUCCGGCUGGUGCCCGACGGACGCUACGGCUCGCAGGACGACAAGGGCCAGUGGAACGGCAUGGUCCGCGAGCUCAUCGAGCACCGAGCUGACCUGGCCGUUGCCCCCCUCACCAUCACCUACAUGAGGGAGAAGGUGGUGGACUUCUCCAAGCCCUUCAUGGGCAUGGGCAUCAGCAUCCUCUACCGCAAGCCCAACACCACCAACGCCGGCUUCUUCUCCUUCCUGAACCCCAUGACCCCUGACAUCUGGGUCUACAUCCUGCUGGCCUACCUGGGCGUCAGCUGUGUGCUCUUUGUCAUCGCCAGGUUCAGCCCCUACGAGUGGUACGACGCCCAUCCCUGUAACCCCGGCUCCGACGUGGUGGAGAACAACUUCACCCUCUUCAACAGCUUCUGGUUCGGAGUGGGGUCCCUGAUGCAGCAAGGUUCAGAGCUGAUGCCCAAGGCCCUUUCCACCAGGAUCAUCGGGGGCAUCUGGUGGUUCUUCACCCUGAUCAUCAUCUCCUCCUACACCGCUAACCUGGCCGCCUUUCUCACCAUCGAGAGGAUGGACUCGCCCGUGGAGUCCGCCGACGACAUCGCCAAGCAGACCCGCAUCGACUACGGCGUGGUGAAAGACGGCGCCACCAUGACCUUCUUCAAGAAGUCCAAGGUGUCCACCUUUGAGAAGAUGUGGGCGUUCAUGAGCAGCAAGCCGAGCUCGUCGCUGGUCAAGUCCAUCGAGGAGGGCAUCCAGCGGGUGCUCCGCUCUGACUACGCCCUGCUGAUGGAGUCCACCACCAUCGACUACAUCACCCGCCGCAACUGUAACCUCACACAGGUGGGGGGCAUCAUCGACAGCAAGGGCUAUGGCGUGGGCACGCCCCUCGGAUCUCCCUACAGGGACAAGGUGACCAUCGCCAUCCUGAGCAUCCUGGAGGACGGCCGGCUGCACAUGCUGAAGGAGAAGUGGUGGAGCGGCACCAGCUGCCAGGGGGAGGAGCGGCGGGAGAGUGGCCCCAUGGGCAUCCAGAACCUGGGCGGCAUCUUCAUCGUGCUGGCCUCCGGCCUGGUGCUCUCCGUGUUCGUGGCCAUCGCAGAGUUCGUCUACAAGCUGAGGAAGACGGCCGAGCGCGAGCAGGUCUUUGUGCAGUGCCAUGGUGGACGAGAUCAGACUGUCCUUCACCUGCGAGAGGCGUGUCAAACACCGAGCCCCUCCCCCUCCUCCUCCGCCGCCACCGCCGCCGAGCAAGAUGGACGCCGUGAUCAACAUGCACACGUACAGCGACCGCCGACUCCCGGGAAAGGACACGACCUGCAGCCCUGGGAGGAGCCACGUGUUCCCGUGACGACCGGCCCGCCGCUGCCCGGGAAGGCCCUCCUGCUGAGCCGGCUGCCGUUCCCCUCGGAGCCUCGGGACAACGGCCUGGACCUCCCCCUCCCCCGCUUCAUCUCCCACGGCGACCACCACGGCCCCCACUCCAUCUCCCACGGCGACCACCACGGCCCCCUCUCCGUCUCCCACGGCGACCACCACGGCCCCCUCUCCGUCUCCCACGGCGACCACCACGGCCCCCUCUCCAUCUCCCACGGCGACCACCACGGCCCCCUCUCCGUCUCCCACGGCGACCACCACGGCCCCCUCUCCAUCUCCCAUAGCAACAUGAGCACCCUCACCAAGCACGGGCAACUCAAGAUGGCCGCCUCGGCGACACAGGUAUGACCUCACCCACCCCCGCCUC